GUUCGGAAGGGGCCGGCCUCCUAAAACCGCGGAGCCGCGCGCGGCCAUGGGUGCCGCGGGUGCCAUGGGGGUGAGGGUCGCGCGCGUGGCCCUGUGCGGCGUCGCGCUGCUCUGCGCGCUGGGCCUGGCCCAGCACCCCCCCGGGGGUCUGAGCUGCGGCCCCGGCCGCCAUCUGCAUGGGACGGGGACCAGCGCGCGCUGCUGCCGCUCGUGCACCCCAGCUGAGGGGGUCUGUCCCGAGCCGGACUGCCAGUGUAUCCAGCCUGAGUUCCACUGUGGAGACCCCCAGUGUAAGAGCUGCAAGUACUACUCCUGUCCGCCUGGCCAGGGGGCGUGGCCUGUAGGGAAGUUCAACUUCGGCUUCGAGUGCUUCGACUGUGCCGCGGGGACCUUCUCUGGGGGCCGUGAGGGCCGCUGCAAACCUUGGGCAGACUGCUCCAAGCUUGGGUUUCCCACUGUGUUCCCCGGGAACAAGACGCACGAUGCCGUGUGCACCCCAGGGCUGCCGCCUACGGAGCCGCGUGGCCUGCUGACCGCCGUCCUCGGCCUGGCCGCCUGCAUCCUGGCCCUGACCGUGGCCCAACUCAGCCUGCACGUCUGGCAACUGAGGAGGCAGAGAGCACGGCCCCCAGAGACGCAGCUGCUCCUAGAGGCCCCGCCACCCCCGCCCGAGGACGCCUGCAGCUGCCAGCUCCCCGAGGAGGAGUGGGGCGAGCCACUGUCGGAGAACAAGGGCCGCCUGGAGGACCUGUGGGUUUGAGGCCCGGAGCGCCCGUGCCAGACCCUCCCGGAGCUGGCGCAGGCUGGCCCGCAGGAGCAAGGGCUCUGGGCCCG